AGCGUUCACCCGGAAUCUUACUUUCCACGAGUAGUUUGCAAAUCGUACGUCGUCGUAAAUCGCGCGCGACCCCAGUUUUUCAAAGAUGCCUACAACAAACCAACAGAGCGAUCAAUUUCAACAAUUUCUGGACCAGAAUCAGUAUUCCAGCAACAGUAUUUUACGUUAUGAGAAAAUUUUCGGACGUGGUUUUGUUAGCACUGGAGGUCUUGAAACAACCCAGGUAAGGUACAUCAGGAGAUCCAAGUAAUUUUACUGGGAGGUAAAAUCUCAUUUCCUCUCUUCCUGCAAUCUAGUGUUAUUUACAAACGUAAUUUUUAGCUCAUUCGCUGUCGCAGUUAACUCUUUGAGCGGCUAAUUUGACUUACGCGAAUAAAUUUUUUUAAAUUUUUUUAUACUUGGGACGUGUAAUAUUUCGAAAUCGAUCAGCCCCCAAUGGAAUCUUUUCUAGAAGAAUUCGGUGAAAUCAAUCAGUUUUGAUCAUUAGCCGUGAACUGAGCCAAAAAAUAUCAUGCAGCAGCCAAAACACAGGGCUUUCAUCUGUAAAUCCUAGAUAUGUGUCGCAAGUUUUUUGCAAGCAGAUGGAAAUCUAUAUUCUCCCUCACAUAUCGUGCAAUCGAAGGAGAAACUUUUCUUUGACCAAAAAGCGCGCAACAUCUUAUAACAUCCAAAAAUGUUGCAACAAAACUUUGGCCAUUUUCAAACUUGAUCCAACACAGUCCAACAUGUUACAACAUGUUGCUACAGGGUGGCCAAAUGCGAGUGACAUAAAGCAUUUUUUCAUUGUUUUCAUCCUUAUUUUAUUCUACAGGAAAUUGUUGCAAUGCUUAGUUUAAAACCAGGUCAAAAAGUUCUUGAUGUUGGUUGUGGAAUAGGAGGAUCUGGUUUCUACAUGGUGAAGGUAUGACCUGACCCUUUUUUUUCUGUCACUGGUGGAGAAAGCUGGCUCUAUCAGAGUAGAGAGCAUAGAGCUAAGCUAAAGCUGUCACGCCAUCUACCCGGCAAAUUGUACUGUGUCCAACCUUUUUUAGGACUUCUCUCUAGCUUUUUUCUGUUAAUUGAAAGUGAAAUUUCAGAACAAGUGAGAUGGCAAGUAGCAACAGAGGAACCAAACAAGGGUUUUUUAACAUGCCAAGUGCCAUGUGUUAUGUUGUCAUAACAACUACUUAACAACUACUGCAACAAAAUUUUGUGUUACAUUGGACUGUACUGUUUCUUACUUAGAAUUUUAAAGUGGAAGUAUUGGGUGUUGACUUGUCAACAAAUAUGAUUGACAUAGGAAAACAGAGAGCCAAGGAAUUUAAGGAUGACAAGGUAGAAUGUGCUUACAUGUAACCUUUAACUGCAUGAAGUGAUUACCACAGUAACAUGUAAUUUCUCCCCAAAAUAUCUGUUCAUUAUCCAGCAACAGAUGAUGAGAAUACCCAAACUUAUCAGGUAGAUGUUGUUAUCUUGAUCUAACACCAAAUUCUUGUAACUCAUUACCAAGGAAAGGUUUAGGAGCUAGAGGGGAGAAUGAACAAUCAGACGUCAGUAAGUGUAAGGCAUGAUGUAACACAGUUAGAAAAUACUUGUUACAACUAAAUAAAUGCAAGUUUUUGUGAUCAUGAAAGCAAAAAAAAUUUGCUAACAGGUUCCCAUACCACAUGCAUCUAGAAAUUAGGUCAAAUGUAUAUUUUAAUGUAAUCUUGUAAUGGUACAAUUUAUGUACACUCCGUUGGUUUCUGUAAACAUGGUGUCAGUGAGGUUUUUUUUAGUUGUGGGUAGGUUCUUGAAAAUUUGCAACUCUUUUUUUUUUGUCAUGAAGAUGUCAUUGCAAUUUUGCUGCAUUGGAAAUUUGUAACUUCAACAUAUGCUAAAUGCAUGGAAACAAAUGUUAUGUGAACUGAAAUUUUCAAGUGAAAAUGGCUUAAAAGUUACACAGUGAUACAUGUAGUAAUCAUGUGUUUGCCAGUAAAUUUUGUAGCUCAAGCACUAAACUUUCAAGUUGUCCUUUGUGUUUUCAGGUUGAAUUUGUGGUUGCUGACAUAACAACAGCAGAUUAUGCCCCAGAAUCAUUUGAUGUUAUUUACAGUAGAGACACAAUUCUUCACAUUGCAGACAAAGAAUCCUUGUUUAAGAACUUCUUGGUAUGCCAUUUUUUUUUUGGAAUAAAUGAUUGCUUAAAAUGAAGAUCCAAGUGAAUUGUGACACAACAGUUGUCUCACCCUCUGUUUCAGAAGAGAAUGUAAAAUUAUUUAUAAAGAAGCUAUGUGUAGUAGAUUAUUAGAACACACCAAGUUCUUACAAUUUUUUAUUCAAUUCAAACUUGAAUAUGCCAUAAAAAGCUCUGCAAGAUGUAGACUCAUGCUUGUUGACAAAAAAUUCAUCAUUCGAUCUUUUCUCUCAUUAUACUGUACAUGUCCCCUUGUCUAUGUAGUACUACAUGCAUUUCGUGAGUUCCAGUUGAGUGAUUGCUUAUAAUUCUGUUCAUCUUGAUUAGAAAUGGUUGAAGCCUGGAGGAGAGCUUCUUAUUUCUGACUACUGCCGUGGUGCUAAUGAACUGUCUGAGCAGAUGAAAGCAUAUGUUGCUAAGCGACAAUAUCACCUCCUGACUCCAGCUGAUUAUGGAAAGGUAAGGACUGAGAAUUUGUUGGAAAACUGGGCUGCUUUUCAUCUUUCUUAAAAAUACAAUUGACCAGUACUUGAAUGUUAAAAACAAUUGUGGGGACUACAUUUGCAUUGGCAGUCACCAAUUUUGUGACCUGUAAUUUUUACCUGUAAUUUUUAUGUAUCUGUGUUUGUUUUUCUUUAGCUUGUUGUAAAAUGUGGUCAGGGGUUUAAUAUGUCAUAUAAUAUUGAAAACAGUUCUUUUCAGUGACUGGAUUAUGAAUUUAGAUGAUCUCAAAGUUAAUUUGAAGAAAAUGGAGCCUACAUGCAGAACCUUGAUUUAUGAUGAACUGGAAUUUACUCUUUUGAGACCUUCUAAACUUUUCCUUGAAAUUUAAUGUUGAUUUUAUUAUUUGCAAUAUUUAAACUGGCUGGCCAAUCAUCUUUAAAGCUAGGUAACCCUUUAAGUUCCAUUAGUGACCUAGACAGAAUUUCUCCUUACAUUAUCAGUUUGAUAUCUAGCAGACAAGUAAUAAGAAUAAAGAAAAAUAUCAGUUAGGGGAUUAUUGGUUGAUCCAAUUCCAAAUUCUCCAAACUAACAUCACAUAAAUUGUAUGGCAAGCAGUGAGGAGAAUUACUAAUGAAAUCUUGGGAGUUUAAGGGUUAAAAUGGGGGCCUGUUUAAACAACAACAAGGCCAGACCAUGUUUUCUGUUAAUCUGUGCAGAGAAGUUGGAGGAAGCAGUGCCUCCUGUUUUCCUCCUUAUUCCACAAGACUAGAAUGUCCCAUUAUUUGUAGAUGAUAUAACAAAGGCAGCACAUUCUACUUUAUGAUUUUAAAACCCAGAGUGUUGAUCCAGUGAGGGGAAAUUGAUCAUGAAAGUUUGGAAUGGUCUGACCAACCCAUAAUAUAGAUCAUUUAAUCUCACUUCUUCAAAUGACUAGAGAAUUCAGUAAUAAUUUUAUCAAUAAAAUUUAAUUGGAACUAGAUCAACAGCAACAUUUGGUUAGAUAUAAUUCCUGCUAAGGCAUGUAGACUCAAAUUUAAGAUGUCCAGACUGUUGUCAGAACAAGUUAAAAUUUGAAACACAAAUAUAAGAAUUUUAAAGUUGUAGGAAAAUCCUUUUUCAAAGCUUUUGUAACAUUUUUUUUCCUUUUUUUUCAAAUAGCUUCUUGAGAAGGUUGGUUUUGUUGAUGUAAAAGCAGUAGACAACACCAAGAGAUUUAUUGAAGUUCUUAAGUCAGAGAGGAAAAGAUUUGAAACAGACAGGGACAUCUUCUUGAAGGUGAAAAUAUUUAAAGCUACACUUGUGCUGUGGAUCAUUUGUAUCAUUAAUUCAUAUAAGAAACAUUUUAAAGGUCAAAAUCUGAGGUUAGGCACACUUGAUGAAAAAACUGAUCUUAUCGCUAAAUUUUUUACACCCUAA